AACUACUCAAUCCCGGCGAGCUUCGUGAAGCCUGCAGAACCCAAGAGUGCCCUGGAGAAGGAAGUUGGAGAAAAGGGAAAUCCGGGGAGAAGAGACGUCAGCGAGAACCUCCUCUGCUCCACGCAUCGGGAGGAGGUCACUUUGUUUCUGCCAGACUUAUAAACAAAUCUGUGUGACUGUUUCCUUAUCCCCCUUUCCCCCGCCCUGAUCUUCACAAUGCCUCCCAGCAAAGAAUCCCUCUUCCUCACCGACCUCUUCAAGCUCUUCGGCACCAAAUUCCCCGCCAACGGCGACCCGUUCCUCACUCGCUGCGUCUACGACCAAGUCCACACCGCCGCGGCCGAAGUGCCAGGAUGUCACUAUGAGAGCGCCGUCGUCGCCGGAAGGCCGUGUCUGUGGAUCUAUCCCCCGGAAGCAUCGAAGAAACAUGUAGUCCUUUUCUUUCAUGGCGGCGGCUUCUCCUUCGGCUCCCCCAACGGCCACCGCAAACUCGCCGCCCACCUCGCAGCGCAGUGCAACGCAAUCAGCUUAUCCCUCGACUACCGUCUAACACCCGACCACCCCUUCCCAGCCGCAAUCGAAGACUGCAUAGCAGCCUACACCUGGCUGCUGGACAACGGUUACUCCGCCAAAAAUAUCGUCUUCGCAGGCGACUCCUGCGGCGGCGGGCUAUCAACCACCGUCCCUCUUGCCCUGCGCGAGCGCAGCCUCCCCCUCCCAGGCGCCUCCGUUUCGCUCUCCCCGUGGUACGAUGCAACCUACUCCCAGCCUAGCUUCCAGUCAAACGUCGGCAAAGACUUCAUCAACACGCUCGAAGGCUGCACCGCGAAUGCAGACAAGUAUGUUGCCGGCGGCACGGCGAAGACGCACCCGCUCGUGAGCCCCCUCUUCGCGGAUCUGCAGGGCCUCAAUCCGCAUUGGAUUUCGUGCGCGGGGGACGAUAUGCUGCGCGAUGAUGGCGUGUUGCUGGGGGAGAAGGCGAAGGCGGCGGGCGUGGAGGUCGUGGUGGAGGUGCAUCCGGAUCAGCAGCAUGUUUUUGAGUUCAUGGCGGGGAGGGCGCCGGAGGCGGAUGCGAGUCUGAAGCGCAUUGGGGAGUGGGUGAGGGGCAAGAUUGGGUCGUGAGAGGUGGAAAGGAAAAGCAAGAUGUCUUUAGGGUCAUUGAUGGGGAUAUAGCAAACUCGAUCAAUGGUCUGUCGUCUCUGGUCCGUCCAUCCCUCGAAAACGCCGCGAGAUGCGCACGUCAACAACAUCCCAACGUCUAUCCUUUGCCUUGCUGCAUCUGCCGUGCGACUCGUUCAUCACCAAGCAACAUAGGGCAUCGUUCCAAGCUCGGGAUAUGAGGAAGAAUCUUCAAGAGCACUUCAUCCCUCAUUGCACCUGGCUAACAAUCUCCUGCGCCCGCGACAGACUCUCCACCAUCUGGUGACACUCCUUCCGCCUCCGCACGGUGUAGUCCGACUCCUUGAGUAGAUCGUCGAGCUCCGUCUGGCGGUACAUUUGCUCCAGCAGUUCGCGCUGCAUGUCCUCUUUCGAGUGCCUGUAAUAC